UUCCCUAUCUGCAUCUUGGCCCUGACUCAGGCCGGCCCCCGCGGCUCCCGCGGCCCCCUCUAUAAGGCUGGGGCUGCCGGCCUGCAGGACGCUGGGCCCAGCCGAGUCGAGCCGAGAGGUGAGCAGCCAGCGAGGCCCAAGACCGAGACGACGGCCACAGGAAAGGAGUCGGAGAUGAAGGCGCCGCGGCCCCUGCCCCUGGCCCGGGCCCGACCACCCCUCCUCCUCCUCGUCGUCUUCCUCCUCGCCCUCCUGCUCGGGGCCCGGGAGGCGGGCAGCGCCGCUCUGGGCGGGCCCGAGGGACCCGGGAGUCCGGGGGGGGAGCUGGCCGGGCUCGACUCGGCCGGCCUGGGGGUGCGGGAACUGGGCAGUGCCCUGGACCGGUCCGGAUACGCGGCGGGGACCAGCCCCGCUCUGGGGGGUCCUCCCAGGCAACGCCCACCCCCCGGCCCGCGACCCCGCCGGGAGAGCAACGGAGCUUUCGCCUAUGCGGUUCCAGGCGGCGGGUGGCACAGGGGCGACUCGGAGUGCGUCAACUCUCCCGCGGUUGAGACCAGCGCUGGGGGAUCCAGACCCGCGCCCGCCUCUGUCCACAACCCAAGUCUGGGACCCGACGCUUUCUAUCGGGAGACCAGCACAGAGACCUCCGGCGGAGACAGAAUCAGAAAUCCGACACUCUCGUCCUCUUCGUCGGCCACGGCCGCCGUUCCCCUCGCUGCCACCGCCAAACCUGAGUGCGAGAAUAUGAACAACGAAAACCGUGUGGCCGCCACGCAGGGAACCGAGCCUCCUUCAUCCUUCUCAGGCCGUGGCCCCAGCGGGGGAUCUGGAACGGGCCUCCACGGAUCGGAGGCGGCAGAGUCUGGUGAAGCCCGGAGUGAAGCGGAGGUGUACAGGGGAUCCAGCCCAGUGGGGCUCCAUGCUGGCUCUCCUGGACUCUUCAACUUUGACACCUUCUGGAAGAACUUCAAGUCCAAGCUCAACUUCAUCAACUGGGAUGCCAUCAGCAAGCGACCAAACGCCCCCACCAGCACCAGGACCAUGCUCUACUUCAGCCGCCUGUGGGAGGAUUUCAAGCACAAAACUCCUUUCUUCAAUUGGAAAAUCAUCUCAGAGGACGUCGAUCCUCUAGACCUGCAAAAACGGUCCGUCACGGCGGUCUCCGGCCUGCAGCCGGCGGCCCGCAUCGCCUCCACAGGGCAACAGCCCUACCCGACCCCCUUCGAGGCCGGGUCAGGUGCAACUUCCGCGGCGACCCGGGCGGAGCCGGGCUUGCUGCGGUGGGUGAGGGUUUGGUAGGUGAGUGAGGGAGUGAGUGAGCCUGGAAGCGAACUACCGGGCCCCACCCCCCGAAAAUGGGGAGGGAGGGGCCGGGGGGAGGGCAGGCUUCGUCCCAAAGGGCAGGCGGAGGGACGCGGGGGCGACCGGCACGUGGCUGGGGAAACUGGGCCA